UGUACUCAUCCAUAUUCGUUUUUCUCUCUCUCUCUCUCUAUCCAAAUUAAAACCUCAAGCUCAUUUUUCUCUCUCCAAAUUAAAAGCUCAAGCUCAUACUAUCUUACAUCAAUGGAUAUGAGGCGUCUCCGGUCCUUGAUAGCAUUUUGUGAUUGUGAUUUGUGUAAUGGCAAGUUUACCAUUGAUUGUCCUUGUGGUAUCCAUAUCCAUCACCUCCCUAAACCCCCCUGAAUUCCAAGUCCAGUCCAUCAACAUAAACACUGCAUUCAACAACACAGUUGCCUUGAACAUCACCUUCUGUAUUGGUAAUCCAAGUUGCCUUGAAUAUCUCGGCGUUUUACUUGCACAAUAACCAACAGUUCCUUGUUUCUUCUUCCCUUAUCCGCUCGUUUGUCCCAUGCCAGCUGCCUACCUGCGGUGAAUCUACUGCUAUUCUCAAUACCUGGAUGCCUGUCAUCGUUUCUGAUGAUGGCUACUUGACUGCCUAUUCUGCUAUGGUUUCAGACCUCAAGCACGGCCGACUUAACCUUACUGUCAAGCUUACGGCGGACUACAAGUGGGGUCUUUUCUCGAGUUCUAAGCUAGAGGUAUCGUGCAACCACAUCGAGGGUUUCUAUCUUGGGAUGAGGUCCAGUAUGAAGAGGUCGUUGAAUCUCCCAGCGGAGGUGGGAAGCAGGAAAAAGUGGGGGAGUUCUGUGAGGUCUGUACUAGGCGCAACUGAGGGGGAGAAGCCUAAAUUGAAAGUUGAUAUGAGGAAGAAGAAACAAAAGGCUGAUGAGGUAAGCGACAAUUCGGAGGAGGAUUCACACAUCUACUCAUCUGAUGAAGACAAUGACAGUUCAUCACUUGAACAAGAUCUCAAGCUAUUGCUUAAAAGGGUGAGAGGGAAGAGUAAAAGGCACAGAAAGGGAGGAAAUGAGUGCGUGCGCAAGAGGCAGAAGGUGGAGAGUGAGAUCCUUAGUGCUGGAGAGAAGGUUAAAGCUCGUGGUGUUGUCGUUAAGAUGCAGUUUUUUAAUACUAGGAAGGUAAUGGUCCUUGUAUGUAUGUAAGCUUGUUAAUUGACAAGCAUUUGUUGAUCUGAUACGUUUGGUUUUAUUUUAUAGCAGCAACCAAAUGUGAUAUGUCGAGUUGAAGCAUUUUCCAUCUUGUUAGCUUCAUUUGAUGAAUCUAGGAGAGAGGUAGUAAAAGGCAUGGGGUUUGGGGGACUGUUGGAUUUAAAAUUGACCUACUUAGCGCGACAGUUUUGCUACUGGUUGAUGACUAGAUUUAUUGACGGUGUCCUGUAUUGUGGCGAUGGUACCGGGUAUACUCUGGGUCCAAACCAGAUCAGCUGUGUCCUUGGGCUUCCAAUGGGUCCCAAGCCAUUGCCGAUAUGGCUGAAAGAUAAUGCAAUGGAGUUGGAGCGGAUUGGGGCCUUGUAUGAGGACAAAGAGACCAUUUCGGUGGCUACAGCAGAGUCAUCUCUGUUAGAUUUUGAUGAAAGGGGGAACUUAUAUGCGCUAGUAACUGAUAAAGAAAAGAGGGAGUUCAGGAUUGCGUUCUUAAUAAUUGCGUUAGCAGAAAUACUGUGCACAACAACUAAUGCACAACAAUUGUCAGGACCAUUGCUACCGUGCUUGACUGUGGCGGAUGAAGCAAAGGACUAUAAUUGGUGUUCUUUCGUACUGGACUGGACGCUUGAUGCGGCAAGAAAAUUCUAAAAUAAGUUUGACAGAAACGGAUUUGUUGCUGGAUGUGGGGGCUGUUUGUUAUUCUUGAUGUUUUUUUACUUGGAUCAUCUGAACCGGCCUCCUGUGAGUUGGGGUGUGUAUCCCAGGAUAAAGGUUUGGACCCAAGAUGCUGUUAAGCUUGCUUUGGAAGACGACAAACUAGAAACAGAUGACUAUGGUGGACUAUCGUCUAUAGACGUAGCCUAUGGGGAGCCACAUCCCAAGCUUCCAAGGGACUUUGGCGGACAUGGCUUCCAAGGAACUUCGCAAAUAGAUGUAGGCGUGGUUGCAAAACAGGUUUUGGAGUUAUUGGCCCCAUCAUUAGAUAGGACAAUAAAGGAGGCUAUUCAGGCAGCGAUGCAUCAAGAACGGAGUGGAAAACGGGCGAGCAGCUGGAAAACUGAUGAAUUUGUGGAUCAAAUAGAGCGGGGCAUGUCUAAAACAAGUGGAUCCAUUAGUAAAGCAAGGAGUGAGUCAACCGGAUGUAGAUGAAGAUGACCAUGAUAGUGAUGAAGACGUAAACAAUGAGGUUGUUAUUGAUAGUGGACAUAAGCGCAUCUUGAAACCACGCGUAUUAGAUGACUUUAUCCCCGAAGUGCCAUGUACUAAAGCAAAUGGACAGACGGGUGUUGCUUUUUGUCAGAGCGUGGAAAGAUGAUUCUCGGUAAGUAUGCUAAUUAUUGUAUGUUUGUGUUUGGAGUGUUUUCGAGUGGCUUGUAUAUUUGUGUUUGUUUAUAGUCCUGGCCGGGUAGUUAUUGCAUGUGAUGGAAUGGAUGCAAAUCAGAGGGAUUGCUAUGGGGUUGUGGGGCCGAAAUCGCGUGUUAGUGAUGGGUAUGUCCGAAUGGCUUCUGUCAUGUAUACGAAGACAUGGGAAACUGAAUUUUCCGGAAGAAGCAAGCGCAUCAUGCUUGACCCCAGCUAUGCACUGAGGAUUAUGUUAAAGAAGAAUGACCAUGCGGAAAACGGUUGGAAGUAUGGCAAGGGUUUGCUGAACCACCCAUUGUCUGACAUUGGCAAGUUGUUCGUUCCCGUGUUAGAAGCGCCCCAGGAUAAUCCUGGAGAAAGUCAUUGGUGGUGCAUUGCUUUCGACUUUAAAGCGAAGGCCAUAUGGAUAAUUGACUCAUUGUACAAUGACCCAUACUCACAGCACGCUGACAUUAUAUCAAACCUGUUCCAUGCAGUUGAGGUGCUUGUGCAGUUAAGUGAUGCCCGUUGGCAGGUAGGGCAGAUGUCUAAAUGGGAAAAGCACACUGUUGAGGUGCUUGAACCUAGAGACAACUCGUCAUGCAGCGUGGUGAUGCUGUGGGGUAUUAAGACAUGUGCUAGCCGAUUUGUUAGCAGGUUCGGAGUGUCCAGGAUUAUAAAUGCAAGGACGAACUUGCUACUUGAAGAUGCCCAGUCAGACCUCAAUGAAAUCAAGAGCACCUUUGAGCAGCUGCUCCCAAAAACAAAGAAGCGAAGGAGAGUUACAUAGUGAUGUUCUAGUUUGUUGGUAACUUAAAACAAUUUGUGUUUAUGCAUGUAAAACAAUUGAAUAUCAUGCCAGUUAAAUUUUUAGUUUGGGUAGUUGUUACUUGUAUUUUGUAACAGUUGUAAACCCUAGUAACCCUAAGUAAACCCUAGUAACCCUAAGUAAACCCUGGGUAGUUGUGACUUGUAUUUUGACUUGUAUGACUUGUAUUUCCUAACAAUGUUUAUGACAAGCACGG